UAAGCGAGUGUUCUUUUGUAGCUCGGUUACAAAAGAAUGCACCUAUUGUAGAAUCGCUAAUAGCCAUCUCGAAUGUUCAGCCAACGCGAGCAGUGCAAUGAGAAGAAAAACAAUAACAACAAUGCAAAGCAAAGCCUACUUCGAUGUUGGGAAACAAAAGCAGUAACAACAACGAAGCGCACCGUAGCCUACUUCGUUGCUUUCAGUGAGUGAAGCGAAGAAUAAGAUUUUUAAAUCUGAAGUUCAGUUAAAUAAUUGGCGUCGCUGCGCACAAAAUGUGUGAGAAGCUGAAGGAGCUACUGGUUCAAUUUAACCAAGAAAAUUUAUUUAAGGAACUAUCUGACGCUGGCAUAACCUACAUAAGACUGCAAUACCUAAACGAUGCGGAUAUCUCAGAUGCUAUUAAAAGUGUAGGCGAACGGGCGGAGUUCAGAGAAAAACUUUGGCUUUGGCGACAACAAAAGUAUCCGAGACCUAAAAAAACGAUUUCAGAUUGGACCAACAAGUUUUUGCUAGAUGAAGUGCUUCGUGAAAGUCCUGAUGGUCGAUCACUUAUUUCAUUGCGUUCAGAUGACGAGAAAACACCCAGGCUAAAUGAAAGUCAGCGUUGUAAACUAUUAAAUGCAAUUUGUAGCUACACAGCUGAGCACAACAUAGAAUUGCGAACAAACCCCUUUUUGGACAUAGUAAAAGAAAUUGGAGAGUUUUUUCCAGGUGAAAAGGAAUAUCUGGACUAUUAUUACAUUAAAAGAAAAGUUGGUGGUAGCCCAUCCGGAAAAUUGUACUCCAAAUACGUAAACCUCUAUUACAAACGUAAAAGACUAAGCACUAUUUCGGCUGAGACUACGAUCGUUGAGUCUUCUAAAUGUUCCGAAUCUCCAGAGUUUGACGAAAGGAUUUUAUCUGGUCUUAAAACAGAAUUGCAACGUGACUGCUCCAAUUGGGAUACAGUAUGCGAUAGAUGGGCCAAGACGUUUCCUCUGCGACGCAAAGAGUUGAAGGAAUUAAAUAACGUGGACUUUUUAAAACAGUGGCCGAAGUUAUUGGACAGCAGAUCAGUUUCUUUGAUAAAUAUUGACUUUGACGUGUUGUAUCCUUCCAAGCAAUAUAUUCUGAAGUCCAAGUUUGAAAAAUUUAAAAACAGGAUUUGUAAAUAUUACCAAAUAAAUUUGCGAAAUCAACUCUCUAAAUCAGCUCUAAAGGAUGCUAUAGAAAGCAAUAAUUUAGGAAUAACACUGCACAUUGAUUACGUUGCUGAACUCUACACUGCACCCUUCGUUCAGAUUUGAAGACUCAUCCGGUAAGAAGAAGAAAAAGGCAACUAUAAGCAAUGGCAAAUGCGUUGCCAAUGUUCGUGAAAAAAUUCAAGAGCUAGUUGAAAAAAGCUUUGUAAAUGAUACAACUCUUCAGCCUUUUAUUAUUGUUGAAGGUGAAUAUAAAGCAUUUUCUUUAUAUUUAGAUCAAGUAACUCAUAAAUUCGACUCAGUUAUUGAUGCUCUUGACACAACUUUUAAAGUGUUUCAAGUACUUAACCUUGUGUAUCCAAAAGUAUGUCCUUUGCCAUGGACUUUUAUUCAAAUGUACUUCUAUGAAAUUGUAACACCUUUUGAUAUAAAAUCGCCUUCUCUUACCUCUCUUAUCAGUUUCAUGAAGGAAUAAAUUCUGUUAUUCAAAAUGUAUAAUUGCUUUAUAUGUGAAAAAGUAUACUCUACUAGCGACGAUCUAGUAAAACAUUUAAAAUUACAACAUUUUCUUAGAGAAAAAGAUCGUAAAAAAUGUACAUUUGAAAACUGUAACCAAAUAUUUUCACAGUUCAAAACUUUUAAAAAACACAUUGAAAAACAUAGUAGCAAUAAUCAAAAUGUAAAAUCUAAGAUUCAAAAUGAAGAAUGUAAAAAUGCAAGUCUAAAUACUUUAUAUAUAUCAGAAGAAAACCCUACGAAUUUAAACGAUUUUAGUGUUCAAAAUACAUCAAAUGCAAACAGAUCGCAACACUCAUGGAAUAAUUUACACAAUGAUAUACUUUUCCGAAAUAAUUUGUUAGAACUAAGUGAGGACGUACUUGAAUUUUCCGUCUCCUUAUAUGCAAAAAAACAAACUUCCGCGAAGUGGAGCACUUGUAAUUCAAAAUAGGGUUUUAAGUUUGUUUAAAAAGAUUUCGAUAUGCAUUGACGAGAUAGUAAAAGAUAGCUUUUCCGUAACGGGUAACUUACGAUUGUUAUCUGAUUUUUGCUGCAAUGCGUUCAAUAGUGUGACAUCAGAGCAUAGUUUAAGAAAGCAUAUUAAAGAAAAAAACUUGCACGAAUACCACAAAUCAGUAGUUAUCGAAAGCAAAACAAGCGAAGGUUUUACCAAAGGAAUUCCCACUUUUUCGCCAAGAGUAAGAUAUAUUGAAAUUAUGCCAAUAAGCUUCCAAAUCAAAUCAUUUUUUGAAUUACCAUCUGUCUUAGACAUAGUUGAGACAAAUACUCUUCAAAUGAUGAAGUCAAACAAUUAUACAAAUGUUGUCAAUGGUGAGGUAUUUAAGAAUAUUGCUUGCAAAAUAUCAAAUGCGGACGUAAUAAUUCCAUAUAACCUAUAUUUUGAUGACUUUCAAAUAAAUAAUGCGUUGGGAAGGCAUACAUAUUCAAUAUGUGGAUGCUACUACAAUUUUUCUGCGCUACCUGUUUAUUUGCAAUGUAAAUUAGAUUUUAUAUUCCACGCUGCGUUUGUUUCUAGUGACAGUUUGAAAACUUGUGGCAUUACUAUUUCCCUGCAUCAUUUAAUAAAAGAAUUAAUGAUACUUGAAACUGGUAUAACAAUUUUAUCCAAAAGGGUUGUAUUUGUUUUGAAUUUUAUAAUUGGCGAUAACCUCGCUGUCAAUAAUGUUCUUGGA